AUGGCGCCGGUGGGCCCCAAGGGCGCACCCAGCACGCAGCGGCUCCGGCGUGAGCAGACGCAGGCUUAUUUCCUUGCGUUAGGUAAUUUCAUGUUCGCGGCAGCUUCUAUGCAGAUGCAGUUUCCUGGAUGUGCUCCACCAGACCCUACACGCAUCCUCGUCGACCUUAUUUGCAUACUCUUGGACGGCUCCUGUGGUAUUGAAUGUUUUUUGUCUAUUACCAUGGAUUAUGUCACAUUCAAAUUUGGACUGAACAGCUCAAGGCGCUGUGCAGGUUGCUUCUUCCCCAAAUCAAUUUACAUUUUUUUCAAUUUUAUCAUCUAUGCUACUGUGGUUUACGUUCUUCGCACCAGGUCCAAAUCCAGUGUCUCCAUGCUUCAGCCAAAAGGCAGUACCCGUAGGCCUUCCCAAGUCCCAAAAUAG